AUGUCAUCUCAUGCCUCCUCCAGCGCCGGAACAAGCCCAUGCUCCUCUACCUCUACCUCUCCAUCAUAUUCUUCGACCUCUUUUACCACCCAAACAUCAACACCACCCCGCACCACCCGACCCCUCUCCUUUCUCCCCUCCCCCGUCUUGGACCACGCCUCCGCUGGCCUCGUCGCUGGCUGUAUCGCGACCUUAUUCACCCACCCUCUUGAUCUUCUGCGCACCCGAUUCCAGGUCUCGUCCACUCCCAUACGAGGUGGUUCAGGAAGAGCGAUCUGGUCCGCCUUGGUCGAUACGAAACGGCGGGAUGGAUGGACCGGCUUAUACAGAGGACUGGGGCCGAACGUGGUGGGCAACAUCACCGGAUGGGGGUUGUACUUCAUGUGGUACGAACUGCUUAAGAGACGGAUAGCGAAAAGAGAUCCAGCCUCGGUGCACGUUACGCCCAACGGAGGGCACGAGAUACGUCUUUCCCCGGGAGGAUAUCUGCUUGCUUCUGCUGAAGCCAGCGCAUGUACGGCGGUGAUGACAAAUCCUCUCUGGGUCGUCCGAGUCCGCAUCUUCGCUUCUCGCCCAGGGGACCCACACGACUACGGUUCCCUCCACCGAGGAGUGUACGAGAUCGCGCGCACGGAAGGGAUACGCGGGCUCUACAAGGGCGGCACGUUUGCCCUCAUCGGGAUUAGUAACAGUGCUCUGCAGUUCAUGGCGUACGAGCAGCUGAAACAUAUUGGGUUCGAGUGGAAGAGAAGGAGGCAUGAGCGGCAGGGGAGGCCGUGGAGGGAAGGACAGGAAAAGCUUUCGAAUAUAGAGUACAUUAUCAUGUCCGCAACAUCAAAAUUAACCGCACUGUCUAUCACAUACCCUCACCAGGUGAUCCGUGCGCGCCUACAGUCACAUAACCCGCUUUACCCCAACAUCCCCACCAUCAUCCGCCUGACGUACAAGCAAUCCGGCAUGCGUGGGUUCUACCGCGGACUCGCGACGAAUAUGAUCCGCGUCCUUCCUGCGACAUGUAUCACGUUCGUGGUGUACGAGAACGUAGCGUGGGCCUUGAGAAGAUGGGGUCGGGAGGGAGGUGUGGUAUGGAGGCAUGAGGAGGAUGGGGAAGGAUGAAGGCGCUAAUGCGCUGGUGCGCGUGAGUGGGUGGGGGAGAGAAAGUGACCGGUCAUUUGUAGACUAAUCUCAAUCACUAUUC